AUGCUACUCCUACUCCUCCUACCGUUGCUCGACUUUUGUGCGGCCAGCUCGAAAAUAGUGACACCUGAUCUUAGCCACUUUUCGUACUACACGCCGGUCAACCGAAAUUUAAUGGCACACCUGGAAGAUCCAGCCUUCUUCAGCCAGUUCGAUCAGGUGAAGGCGUUCAGGGAUUUUGACCCAGUGGCUAUCCACAAGAUCUCACCUCUACGCAAGAAGCGCGAUGUCAGCUUGGAUGAGAUUGAGAAGAUGCUACACGAUCAAAAAAUUUCGCCCGAUUCCGCAAAGCACCUGGCUGCGAUGAUGCGCCGAGAUGAGCCGCUACCUAGCAGUGAGGGAGAUGACUCCAGCGACGAUGAACUGCUCCGCCUCCUCGCCGAGUAUUCCGAGAUGCGGAAACGCCUGCAGGACAUUGAGAGGAACAUUGACUUGACGCAAAACACGCCAAGCUGGGGAAGCAAGACCACCGCCCAGCCCGAGGAAGAGCUGGCACUGCUUUUGGAGGGAAAGUCAAUCCCAUCCCCACCAACUGAUAGCCAACUUUUGGAUGCAAUGAACCCGGCAUCAGGCUCCGACGUUGGCGAUCUGGUGCCGAUGAGCUCACCCAGCACUGACGCGACCACGGAUCAGCCUGUCGAAGCGACAACGCCCCUUCUGGAGACGAUGGUUGGGUUCCGUGGAGGGGAUGCUGUGACUACUACGACUACCACCACCCAACGCCCGACUACGCGGCGCACCCGCGGACACCGCAAUCGCCCGGAGCCGGUGCCGACCAUCCAAGACUACAUCCCGAUCGUCAUGGGACCCAAGGGACCUAUCGUGCUACCGCAUUAUAAUGUCGAGACCUCGACGAACGGCCUGGUCAACACCGAGCCCAUCGAUUUUGAAAGUGAGGCUUGGAAGAAGGAGCUGGAUGAGCGAGUGAGGAGGAGGAUGAACGAAAUCUACGGCUCCAAGAGCACCACCGAGAAACCAGCCCAGAAGAAGGAGGACGAGCUGGAGUAUUAUGAGGAGGAAGAGGAAGCGACGACAACUGAGGCUCCAAAGAAGAAGAAUACGAAACAUCACAAGCCGGCUGAGAUCUCGAGCCCGAAGAAAGUGUACGAAUACGUCAGUGUCAAUGGAGCCCCUCCCGUCCUCCGAUCCAUCCAUUCGCCCGGAUUCCAGACGCCGCAAUACAGCCCCCUUGUCUUCUCUGGGCCUCAAACGCGCUACCCAAUGCUGUCCCAGCUACCGUACGACCGCUACGCCGCCCCGAUCCGGCCCCAAGGGAUCCCGGCAUUCUACUACCCCAUGAAGAAGAAGGCC